CACCAAACUAAAAAUGGCAAAAAUGAGUUUCUCUUCCUAUAUAUUAAUACUAACUUUUUCUUUGCUUUCUCAAGGCGUUUUACUUUCAGCAUCCAAGUCAAUACGAAAUUUAGAAGACGACAUGGUAUUUAAAACGUUGAGGCUGGGGAAAGCUUUUCAGAAGGAAGAUUCUGCAGAAAAAUCGCUUGUUGUUCCUUCCCUGGAGCAAUAUAAAAAUGAUGAGAGCAGUUUCAUGAAUGAUGAGGAAAACAAAAACUCAAAGAACGCAGGUUCCAAACAUAAUUUCUUAAAUCAUGGUCUGCCACUGAAUCUGGCUAUAAAACCUUAUUUGGCACUAAAAGGAUCUGUAGCUUUUCCAGCUGAGAAUGAAGUUCAGAAUACUGAAUCAACACAAGAAAAGAGAGAAAUUGGGGAUGAAGAAAACUCAGCUAAAUUUCCUAUAGGAAGGAGAGAUUUUGACAUGCUCAGGUGUAUGCUGGGAAGAGUUUAUCGACCUUGUUGGCAAGUCUGAUACCUGUUGGUCCAUAUCAUCGUUUCAGAAGAAAACAAAAUCAUAUAAUUGCCUGGGGGGAAAAAGGCCCUUAAUGUUACUAUGACUUGUAUUAUUUUAAAUGUUUGUUUUAAAAGAAAGUGGUAUUGAGUAUAUCAAUAACUUAAAUGAUAUGCUUUCCCUAUUCAUUAAACUUAGUGAAUAUUCUGCA